AUGCCUGUUUAUUUGUUUAUUUUGAUAUUUUUUUCUUUGUUCAGUGCAUUUAAGGACGCCAUCAUGUCACUUACACCGUAUCAACUGCACUGGUCGGACGCGCUCAUCAGACGCGUGGAGCUGCGGCUGCAGCAGGUACAUGCCUCUUUGGAAGAGUUCUACCGGAAGCAGAACUAUUCUGCUGUCACGCAUACAACCGCAACUGUUGAGGAGGACGAGGAACAGCGCCAACAGGAAGAAGGCCCCAUCAGUUCGGUUGGAAGUUUUCUUUUGCGUACUUGCGUGCACUCCACGCCUUUAUAUGAAACUCAAUUGGAGCACGGCGUGGGGGCGGAUAUUGCCAUCAAGAUACCGGAGGAAGUGUGUUCACUGAAAGAGAUUCAUGAUGGCCACUACUUGGAGCGACGGCACGUAUUUCUGUUGAAGGUGGAAAAGUUUCUGAAGAAGUACAACGAGAAGAUGAUGAAGAAGAAGGCAUCAAAGUCAUCUGCAACAGCGGAAACAGAAGAACGAGAAAUGACAGAUGAACACGAAAGACGGUCAAUUGUUCCAUGGGAGGUUCGACGUGUUCCUUUUGGUGGUGGAUCGGUGAAGACAGAGAAGGAUAUUCUGCGAAUAUGCUUUUUGAAGUCCAGGUGUGACAAGACCCGGCGAGAGGUAUUCCACGUCGAUGUCCACUUUCAGCCCAUUGCCCUCACAGGCCGUAUCGCGAGUGUAGCGGCUGUUCGCAAGCACCCUUUCUACAGCUAUCUCGUGCAGGAAGACGCUCUCAUGACGGUGCAUCUCCGCAAGCUCCACGAGCUCUACUUGAAAAAUCACUUACUCUCACGUGCCACAGUUUUCCUAAAGUGUUGGGCGUACCACGUCGGACUCAUGGCACGCACCUCCGGCCACCCAGAAGGUCUAAGUGGUUUUCAUAUUUCUGCGCUGCUUCUGCGUCUCGUUGAGGAGGGCGUCAUACUACCCAGCAUGUCGGAAGAGAAUGUCAUACGAGCGGUGUGGGUGUAUCUUUCCCGUGGGCCUACACACAACAAAAUUAAUGGUAGCUGGAAAGAGACACCUGUUCCAGCGGCAGAGGAGCGUGGUGAGGUGGCAGUGCUGCGAUUGGCAGGGGAAACCAUGAAUUUGUUUUUUCGCUCGUCUGCGGCAUUUUUCCAGAAGAUUGUUAAAAGAGCCGCCGAUGAAGCACUUCAACUACCGCACUUUUCCGAGGUUUUUGUGAAAUUUCCCUUUCAACCGCUGCAGCUUGUGAUGGAUACCUGUUUCGUUGUAGAGGGUCUCCUAGCGUACUUUGCGGAGACGGACAGUACGCCGGUUGUCAAGAAAACUGGUGCCGCGUGGUCUCCUUCAGUGCAGCGGGUGCAGGCGAUACAAGGCCUUGUCCAGGAAGCACUCGGCUCACGUUCAAGUUAUGCAACUGUUUGGCGCCGAGGCGAAGACUCCGUGCACGUUGCGGUGCAGCUGACAACCGAAGUGGAGGGACGAAACCGUCUCACGCGUGGUCCUCCCGUGGAAGACACAGAGGCUGUUGAGCAUUUCAAUGCUUUCUGGGGAAAAGACAUCACGUCAACGCGACAGUUCCCUGAUGGCAGUAUUCACCGAUGUGUCUUGUGGUCAUUUGAUGAUGACGUUGGUGCCAAUACAACCAUCGCACUUUCUGCAGCCACUGUCAUCCGUCGUGUGUUGGAGUUUGCACUGCGAAAACACCUUCUCCCCACUGCAAA